GCUUGAGAGUAGGUAGGUAUAUAAUUUUUUGAAGAGCCUUUAGUGUCAUCGAAGUCAGCCCCUCCACUUUUACCUGUUGGCCGGGUUUUAAGCCAGUUACAACUUUUCCGUGUUUGCGACAAGAUCACUUCAUCAGUCUGUGCACAAACAGUGAAACGUAGAGACUAUGCGAAAAAGAUCUUUAUCCAAGAUCACGUUUGCGAUAUUUUACAAUGCAAUAGUGAAUCAGUGGGAAUUUUCACGAAAAGUGUAAUUGUGAGCAAUAAAAAGACCAUCUAUUGUGAAAUUAAACGUACAAACGACGAAAAAAACCUGGACUUUAUAGAAAACAAUCAAAUUAUGAUUAACAUGCAAUUUCAUCGGAUUAUUUUCUUUGGACUUUUUAUGAUUAGUGUUUCAGGAACCCCGUGGACAUUACGGAGAUCGGUAUCUUUUGUGACAAGGCAAGCCUAUAUUAGUGGUACAACAGACGGUUAUGAGAAAAAAUCUGCAGCAAGUGCGAAUGAUAGAAUGGUAUUUUUGGAUAGUGAUGAGGACACAUCAAAUGCUUCGGCCGAAGAAAAUGACACAGUUGCAACAAGAAUAGGAACAUCACCACGAAGAACUCGCCCAAGAAGACCGCCAAGUACAAAUUAUACGGAAGCACUUGUAUAUAGGGAUGAAAAUGGUGAGCUAAAAUACAAACAAGGUCCAUCAUAUCAAUUGAACACUCAUGGAAUAAGCACAAUAAAGCCAGAGUCCUCCUCUGCAACGCGAGGUAAGCGAGAUAAAAUAUACUUCCCUGGAGAGAGAGAAAGUAGUGAUCCAAUGUCGAAUAUCCAAAAGCCGGACUGUGCAAAGGACUCAACAUUUUGCGUUGAGGACAAAAACUACCCAAAAUCCCAUAUUGAAUCACUCUUGGAGAAAAAUUACAAGCAAUAUGCGGAAUUUGUGACCGAAGAUUAUAUUACUGCCGACCUAACACAGAGGAAUGAUAUACCGGGUGAAGAGAGUCUCUGUGAAAGCUACGAAAACAAGGUGUAUCCCACGUCGGGGGUGAAUAGAGAUAAUAAAUGGUUGUACAUAAUAAAUCAAAGCAAUUUCACGCAGGGUGUUAGAAUUGAGGAGUGCAGAAGAAAAGGUCAACCUUGUUCAUUGGCCUCACUCUUCCCACCAACUUAUGUCUCGGAGUGUAAACAGAAAUUUCAGUAUCGUCAGUUACUUGCUCUAGAUGAAAGAGGUGAAAUCAUCAAGGAUUUCUUCAGGUUGCCAUCAUGCUGUAAAUGCUACGUCCGACAGGGAUAGGAGUUAUUCAUUUUAUUAAAAUUGUGAUAUAUACCAUGUUUAAACAAGAAAAAAUCUAGUGAUAUUGAAGCACCAAGACGCACAAUUCGAGUACAUAACACUAAAAUUAAAUCUAAUAUCUAUAAGCAGAACAAAAUUUAAUAAUAAAAAACAAAAAUUUUCGGGUGUUAACUAAUAAGAAAUAAUCUAAUUUAUUUCAAUUUAUUAUUUGUAAAGUGUUAAGUGCAUUUACAAUAAUUGUAUAUUUUUCUUCAAGAGAAAAAAAAUGUUUAAAAAUAAGAAAUCUGUUGAUUUAGAUAAUGUUGGAUUAAAAAUCAUUAAAUCAAA